AUGGCGCGCGCGAUGGUCGGAGGUCUCGCGGUCUCGCGCGCGUGGACGCGGGGCGCGUCGACGGCGGCGACGGCGACGGGAACGGCGCUCGGGAGCGGGAUUGAUUUUAAAAAGCGCGUCGUGGGCGACGAGACGCCGAGCGCGUUUCACGCGCGACUGGUUCGCGAGGGCGUCGCGCGCGCCGACGACGCGCAGGCGAUGGCGUUGGAGGUGUUGGAUGACGUCUACGCGCGGGCGCGAGCGGGGCGGGCGGCGUCGGGGGUGAUGGCGGAGACGACGGCGUGGAGGACGCUCGCGGGGUGGUUGCGCGCGGAGACGACGCGACGGACGGCGGACGAGAGAGAUCGAGGGAGAGGUGGGGCCUACGUCCACGGGGGGCCGGGGAGUGGGAAGACGUUUGUGAUGGAUUUGUUCUACGCCACGCUCGAGGGGAAGGAUGGGGUGGAGAAGCGAAGGGAACACUUUCACUCGUUUAUGAUUGACACGCACACGCGGUUGCACAAGCUGAAGGACUCGGGAUCGAGCUCGGACACGGUGCGGGUGUACGCGAAAGAGCUUGCGAGGGAGACGCGGGUGCUAUGUUUAGAUGAGUUUCAAAUCGUUGAUGUCGCGGAUGCGAUGAUCAUUCGACGGUUGUUGGAGAAUCUGUGGGAGGAGGGCGUGCUCUUGGUGACGACGAGUAAUCGACAUCCAGACGAGCUGUACAAGAACGGAUUGAAUCGCUCGCAGUUUUUGCCUUGCAUUGACGAAAUAAAGCAUCGAUGCAUCGUGCAUGAGAUGGCGAGCGAGCGCGAUUACAGGCUCACGGGGGCGCGAGGCGGGGACGAUCACGUGACAUGGAAGAGCGGCGGCGACGAGUCCGAGCGCGAGCUCUGGCUCAUGGAAAGGCUAAAGACACUUGCGGGCGAGCGUCAACUGAAACCGCUUCAGAUCGCAAUUAGUGGACGAAUAGUACACGUGCGACGAGCGGGCGGUGGGAUCGCGCACUUUGACUUUCAAGAGUUGUGCGACAGCGCCCUCGGAGCGGCGGAUUACACCGCCCUUGCAAGCAUCUUCAACACCAUCGGUGUCGGCCACGUCCCGAUUCUUGGUGCCGAUAGAUUUGACUUGGUGCGUCGUUUUAUCACAUUUGUCGACGUCAUGUACGAACACAAGGUAAAAGUCUUCAUCAGCGCCGCCGCGUCGCCGCAGACCAUGUACCGCUCAUCGGACGCCACCGCAACGUCUUCCCGCAAGGACGCCGCACGCGACGAGGAGUUCGCUUGGGACCGCACUGUGAGUCGGUUGAUGGAGAUGCAAACGAAAGAGUUCCAAGAAGCGGCGUGGAAUCCAAAGGCUGGAUCGUGGCUUCUCGAACAAGCGCGCGUCACGGAGGUUCUCCCGGCGCAGGUGCUUCGAUCUUUGUGGCAGCGAUACGACCGCAACCGAGAUAAUGUCCUGGACGAGACUGAGCUCGAGGAUUUGAUUGCCGAUUUGAAUCACCUGCGCAGCGGGCACAGGCAUGUGUCCGAGGAACAACUCGACGCGGUGAUGUCCAUCGUGAGCAGGCAGAGUGAGAAACAGAAUAGAUACAUCACGCGUGACGAGUUCGAGUUGUAUGGCCAUCGCGCCAUGCUCGAGUGCAUGCGUGAUCGAUGA